GCGGCGGAUUGGAGAAUCAUAAAGAAAAGAGAGACAGGAGGAGGAGGUGGAGAGGACCAGAAAUCGUGGUGGGAAGGGGCUGCCUCCGUCCUUGCAAGCGGCUCCUAAGCUGCACGCAGUAACCGAGCUGCCUCCGUUGCAGAUCGCCAGCUGUUUUUUUUUUUUGGGGGGGGAGUCCCCCCUCCCUGUCACAAAAGGCUGGUGGGGUCCUCGCGCCGCCACGAAAGGGCCUCUAAUAAAGAUCGCGAGCCACGCAGGGACUUUCUCAUUGUUUGAAUUGUUCGGAUCGGCACCCCAGAGCAGAUUUAUAUUCAGCACCCCCGGCUCGGGAUCUGCAGAUCGUCUCCUUUUUCUACCCCCACCCCUCGCUCCUGAACCGGACUUAUCAGGAGCCUGUGGCUUGCUAGGACCUGGCUUGGCAUCAGAUCAUGGAGGAUGCGUGGCUAGUUGCAGAUCCGAAUCAGAAGCCCGUUUACAGGGAAGCUCACCAGGAGACCUGUGACAGUCUGGUGGCACUGAGACCUGCAAGUCCCAAACCCAAUGAGAUUUUCCUGGUAGAAGAAGAUGAGGAAACUUGUGUCCCGGCAUCUAUUAAUAGGGAGAAUGCCCGAAGAGCCACCUUAGCAGUCGAGGGACUGGGCAGUGAAGAGGAGGAGGAGAGCGACGAGGAAGAUGUCCAGCAGCACGACAGCCCUGCAGUGGUGCAGCUGGAGGCCGGGAACUGCCAGAGCCUGCACUGGAGGGUGGUGCAGCAAGUGGGCGGCGGCAAGGUCCUGGCGCGGGAGGGGCCUCCCCUCAUGGUCCUGCAGAAGGGCUACGAGUGCGAGGACUGCGGCAAGGUGUUCAGCUGCAGCUCGCACUACAGCAAGCACCGGCGCACGCACACGGGCGAGCGCCCCUUCCGCUGCGGCGACUGCGGCAAGAGCUUCAACGUCAGCUCCAACCUCUACCGGCACCAGCGGGCGCACGCCAGCGCUGGCGCCAAGCCGCCGGCCCCUGCCCCCUCCCUGAUGCCCAGCCGCGGGCUGCCCUACCAGUGCGCCGAGUGCGGGCGCUGCUUCCGCCGCAACACGGAGCUGGUGACCCACCAGCGCCUGCACACCGGGCGCCUGCCCUUCCAGUGCGGCGACUGCGGCAAGAGCUUCUCGUGGAGCUCCCACUUCGCCCGCCACCUGCGCAUCCACACCGGCGAGAAGCCCUACCCAUGCGACGAGUGCGGCAAGCGCUUCAGCCGCAGCUCGCACCUCUACCGGCACCAGCGCACGCACGGCACCAGUGCGGCGGCCAGCGUCACCCGCGCCUACAUCUGCACCUACUGCGGGCGCAGCUUCAGUACCACGCUGCACUUUGACCAGCACCAGCGCACGCACCGUGGGCGCAAGCCCUACAAGUGCACCCUGUGCGGCAAGGCCUUCGCUGACGGGCUGGCUCUGGUGAAGCACCAGCGCCUGCACCUGAUGGGUGGGGACCAGAGCCACCAGUGCGCCGAGUGCGGGCAGAGCUUCGGCGGGCGCUCGCAGCUGGCCCAACACCGCCGGCUGCACGGCACCGCCGAACAGCCCUACGGCUGCGGGGAGUGCGGGCAGAGCUUUGGCACGCGGGGCCAGCUGGCUCAACACCGCCGGCUGCACCUGUCGGCCGACAAGCCCUACCGCUGCGGCGAGUGUGGGCUGAGCUUCACCUGGAGCUCCCACUGGGAGAGGCACCGGCGCAUCCACACGGGCGAGAGGCCCUACUCCUGCGCGGACUGCGGCAAGCGCUUUGGGCGCACCUCCCACCUCUACCGACACCAGCGCACCCACGCCGGUGGCCAGCCCCACGUCUGCCCGGACUGCGGCAAGAGUUUCAACAGCACCUUGCACUUCCAGAGGCACCAACACACCCACCACCUAGAACCGGAUGGCGGUCCGCUCCCCGGCCGGGCCUGCGGGGACUGCGGGAAGCCCUGCGCCGCCUCUGCCGCCUCCUCUCUGCUCAAGAACCAACACACGCAUGCGGGCGAGAGGCCGUACCCCUGCCCCCAGUGCAGGCGCCGCUUCCGCGACACAGAACAUCUCUACCGCCACCUCCGCAGCCAUGCCCACCGGGCAGGGGAGACUGUCCUCAUGCCGGCUUCUACACAGCGCAAGGAGCUUGUCCCAUGCUAAGGCGCUGAGGCCGGUUCGCCCGGCAGCGAGAGCGCUAGGCUUUGUGCUGGGGGGUCAGACGGGGGCCCUGCCCACGGCCAGCAGACGUUCAGUGCUUCCCAGGUGUUGUUUCCCUAGGUGUAAAGGCCCGGCCCAAAGUCCAUUGGUAGGGGCGAGUGCGCUUUGCGUUCUGGAGGUACGAAGGAAGUAAAAUGGGGCAGUAUCCCGUUCUCUCGUUCCGUUAGCAGGAGGGUUUGUGCGGCGUUCUCCUUUUCCCUGCCACUGCGCACCCCUUCCCAGGUCAGCAGGGUGAGGUACAAGUAAUAAAUUGAUUAUUAUUUUUCUUCCCAAAUUUCUCCGGAGAGUUGGGAGACCCCCUAAAGCAAUUUUAGGGGGGUGCGAGGAGAGGAAGAGAACAUUACUUUGCGCAAGUGAAAAUCCUUGUGUUGAUGGAGCAAUUGCGUAGCGCUACUUUGGAAUCAACCCAUGACGUCCCUACUGGACUGAUUCGGGUCAGCAUAAGCAUAGGUGGAGUUUCAGGUCCCACUGAUCUUUACAUCAGGCACACUCUCUGCCUGUGAAAACGUUCUGUCCAAUCCAGAAGCUGCCUCUGCACCCACCUGACCUUCUCCAAUACGUUCUUCACCUGCCACUGCUGCUUUGCAGCUGCUCUCCUUUGAGUUCAAGAUGGCUGCCAUUGGAUCCUCCGUUCCUGAGGGUAAGCUGUGUGAUUUGUGCUUCAAGUAGCGCACGCUGUCCUUGCGGAAGAGGAAAGGGCCGGUGGAGAUGGUCUGGGUGCAUCUGCACGCCAGGCCAAAGGCACAGUCGCAGCAGCACGAAAGAAAGGAAGGCAAUUCUUCACCAGAACAAAUCGUGAAAAUCGCACAAGGCUUGCAAAGCUGAUUCUGCGACUGCACAAUAUUCAGUUUUUUUAUUUCCAAGAGCGUUUUUGGUGAGGAUUUGGAGAAGGGUUGGACCAGGCCUAGCCAAAGUAGGAAGAGGAGGGUGGCAGCCAGCACCACAGGAAGUCACGUAGGACACAGAUGGUUGGCCUUUCAGGUGAUGUUGGAUUCCAACUCCCAUCAUCCCUCACUGCUGGCCCUGCUGGCUGGGGCUAAUGGGAAUUGCUGUGGCACAACAUCCGGAAGACCUCAAUAGGAAGAUCACAAGAGUCCCAUUUCUGUGGUACAGAAGGCUUAAAACCAGGCUUCCUCAACCUCGGCCCUCCAGAUGUUUUGAGACUACAAUUCCCAUCAUCCCUGACCACUGGUCCUGCUAGCUAGGGAUCAUGGGAGUUGUAGGCCAAAAACAUCUGGAGGGCCGAGUUUGAGGAAACCUGUUUUAAACAGUGACAGACACACACACCAGAUGAUGUUGGACUCCCAACUCCCAUCAUCCCCAGCCAGCAUGGCCAAUGGUUAGGGAUGAUGGGAAUUGUAGUCCAUCAACAUCUCUGAAGGGCCAUAUGUUAGCUACUCUGGAUAUGCAGCCCUGCCCAAGUCAUAUUUUGCCUCCAACAGGCCUGGCCUAAAUUAUUUUUCUUCCUGAGGGUGGAAAACGCAAAUGGCACUCAUCCCAGUUCAGUUGUCAAUAUGGUGUUGUCACCAAUGCUAGUCCCACUCAGAGUAAACCCACUUGAGUUACCGACUGUCAUGCGGCCGUUCCAUUUACAAGAGCAGUGUCAAGGCAGGAUUGGGGCCAGGUCUCUAGGAUUCUGCUCAGCAGAAUGAGGAAGAGUUCCCUCAGCCAUGGCAGGGUUGGUUGAAGCAAGUGAAAUGAUACAUGUGACCAUCAAAAGAGGGGCUCACAUAAGUUCAUGAAGUGCAGAGUAUAAAAUUAUCCAAUGGUGCCGCUGCAGAGGAGCCCUGUGGAAAGGGCAAGAUGGCUGCUCUGUUCCCACCAGUGUUCCUACCCCUGCCACCAGAUUCAAGCGGUGGGGAAGGGAGACCAACCCUCCCAGAAUCAGAAUUAUUGUGCAAAGUAAGCAACACACCACAGAUUUUCUUAUCUUAACACGACGGUCUGUGCCUCCAUUUGUGUUUAGGUUCACACUAGCAAUUUCUCUAACCUGAAAACUGCCCGUUUUGAUCCAUGGCUGUAUUUUACCUAAAAAAUGAAGCGAGUUGCAAAGCA